CCGUGGCGAGAGCUCUCUCGUGGACACGAGGGCGCUUGGCAAGCCGCCGCUGUUCUCAGGUGACUUGACGGCGGACGGCAAGCCAGAAGGAGGUCUAGCGUGGCCGCAGUGGUCAUUCACAUUCAGGGCAUACGCUGGCGCGUUCGACCCGACUUGCAGGGACGCGCUGGAGUAUGCAGCCAACAAGGUCGACGACGAGCAGCAGAUCAGCAAUGUGAUGAUGGAUGUGAACGACAAGAAGCUCUCGUCGCAGAUCUACUACGUGCUGGCACUCACGUGUCGUGGGCGAGCGCUAUCGGUGGUGCAGCGCGUCCCAGAAGGCUGGGGGGUCGAGGCUUGGAGGCAGCUGUGCCGCGAGUUCGAGCCCAGGCUGCCGAGCCGCUUCCAGGGCAUGCUACAGAGGCUGCUCGACCCCGUGCGAGGCCCCGACAUGUUGGAGAGCAUCUACACCUGGGAGCGCCAGCUGAAGGCCUAUGAGGAGCAGUCUGGUGACCAGAUGGCUGACUCAAUCAAGCUGGCGACUUUGACCAACAAGCUCUUGGAUGGGCCCCUGAAGACCCACGUCAACCUCCAGGUAGGCCGCUUGCAGACGUACGAAGCCGCGAAGGCCGAGGUGAUCUCAUACCUUCGCGCGACGGCCAACCAGGAGGAGGAGCCAGUACCCAUGGAGCUGAACCCUGUGACUGGAGAGCUGUGCCCUAUGACACGGGGCAAGGCCGGCAAAGGCAAAGGCAAGGACAAGAGCGGCAAGGGAAAGAGCCACGACGGAAAGGGUAAGAACAAGAAGGUCUGUUUCUACUGCGCCAAGCCGAACCACACGAAGCAGGAGUGCAGGAUCUUAGCGAAGGACCGAGCAAGCAAGGACAUCAAGCCAGACAAGUCGGGACGCUACGCAGGCAAGCCAGUCGACAAGAUCACAGGCAAGCGCCUCGAGAGCGAGAAUGGCGACGCAGCGGCGGUGACGGCCCUGUCCGACGACGACUACUACUACGACGAGCAGGAUGGCUUCGUGUUCGCGCUGAUGGAGGGCGAGAACUCCAACGAGAUCGAGACGGGUUACUGCUGCGCCCUCGAGGGCGCCGACUUCGACCUGCUCUUUGACACGUGUGCUGCAAGGAGCGUCUGCCCACCUUCGUGGGCGCCUGAGGUGGCCAUCAAGGAGUGCCGUGGGACGGUGCUCUACCAGGCCGACGGCAACGAGCUCAAGCACUACGGGAAGAAGGAGGUGAGCAUGACGGACCAGAACUCUGGCGAGCCGCUGACGGUGAAGUUCGAGGCCAAAGGGGUGCGCAAGCCGAUCAUGGCGGCGAGUUCUGCAGUUGACGCGGGCUACGGUGUGUGGCUGUGCGACGGAGGCAGCUACAUCGUGAAGCCCGAGCAGGCGAAGGACUUGGCGAGCCACGUGAAGGACAGCAUCGGCAAGGGCAAGUCCAUCGAGCUGAAGCGGAAGAAUGGCAUCUUCGUCAUCCGAGCUCGUCGGUGCUCGACUGGCGAGCUGUGCCCGACGACGGAGAAGAGCGACGAGCCGAAGGAUGUUGGCGGAAGGCCCAAGGUGGAGCUCGAGGACAGCGAGGAGGCCAGGAGCGCGACCACCAAGAAGGUAGCGGUCUGGCCGAGCGCAGACGAGAGGGCAAAGCACGAGGUCACUCACUGUCCAUUCCGUGCUUGGUGCAGGUACUGCUUGACGGGCCAGGCGACCGAGGAUCAGCACAGGAGCCAGGAGUCCGUCUCGACCGUCGCGAAGCUCGCGCUGGACUACUGCUUCCUAGCGCGGGAGGGCGAGCUGCAGAAGGCGACGAUACUGGUCAUCGUGCUGAGGCAUCCAGGCGCUGUUGGAGCCACGCAGGUGCCGAAGAAGGGAGUUGACGACGUUGCAGUGGAGUUCGUACUCUUCCACCUCGAGGCAUGGGGUGUUGGAGAAGUCGUCCUGCGGGCGGACCAGGAGCCCGCCAUCCAAGCACUGCUAGGCGAGCUACGCCGACGUCGGGUGGAGCAUCACCGCACGACAGUCGAGAAGUCCACGAAGCACGACAGCAAGGCGAACGGCAUGAUCGAGGCUGUGGUGCGCAGAGUGGAGUCACUCACCCGCACGUACGUGGCCGUCAUCGAGGAGAAGUUCAAGACCAAGGUGACGAGUCAGUCGGUGAUCCUGCCGUGGCUGGUCAGGCAUGCGGCCUACGUCCUUACGAGGUUCGCCACGAAGAGCGACGGCAGGAGCGCUUGGGCGACGAUCAAGGGCAAGGAGUUCGCGUCGCCCCUGGCGUGUGUGGGCGAGACUGUGGACUUCAAGCUGAUCCGCAAGGACCAGUCGAAGCUCGACCCCCGCUGGGCCACAGGAGUGUUCCUCGGGCGGAGGGACGAGAGUGAUGAGGUCAUCGUGGGCACGGCGCGAGGGAUCGAGUUCAGCAGGACGUUCAAGAGGCGUGACGACAGCGAGCGGUGGGUCCAGGAGGAGUUCAGGACGUUCAUCGGUGUGCCCUGGAACCCGAGAGCGCCUACGACGGAGACACCGGUGGUGAGUACGAGGAGGAGGUACAUCACGCGUGCCCUGAUCCAGGAGCACGGCGAGAGCCCAGACUGCCCAGCUUGCCUGGGGCUGUCCAGCGUGCACACGGUGGCGUGCAGGGCUCGGUUCGAGGAGAUCUUCAAGGCGCAGGCUGAGCAGGCGAUCCAGCUGCAGCCAGCUGUGGGUGCCGCAGGCGCCGAGGCUGCGAAGCCAGUACCACAACAGGCAGCUCCAGCACCGCAGCAGGAGAUAAGUCCACCUCCAGUCAGUGAACCCAUGACUCUCGGAGCCCUCUGCGAGGAGGAGGUCCCACCUCCAACCUUCGACGGGGAGCUGUUCGCGGGGAGCUUCCACGACCAGUUCACGGGCGAGGUGCUGCCGAAGGAGCUGGUGCUGCAGGGCGUGAAGCGCGAGCUCGACGAGAUGGACGAGUUCGAGGUGAUGGUCUGGAAGAAGCGCAGCGAGAAGCCAGCUGGUGAGAGGGUGAUCUCCACCAAGCUCUUCCACACCAGGAAGGGUCCAGACUGUGCGCGAUCGCGGAUCGUCGCGCGCGACUUCGCAGGAGGCGUCUUUGCACCAGAGCACUACGCGGGGACACCACCGACAUGGGCGCUGAAGCUGGUGAUCUCGAGGUUGGCGUCGAGAGGCAGCUCGAGGCAGCUCGCAGCCCACGACAUCUCGGUGGCCUUCUUCCACGCUGAGCUGAAGGAGCCCGUGUGGGCCGAGCCUCCGAAGGAGCUGAACUGCCCCGACUGGCUCUGGCUGGUGAGUAAGGCGCUGUACGGGAUGCGUGAGUCGAGCGCUGACUUCCAGCAGCUGGUGCGUGACACGUACCGAGAGCAUGGCUGGAACAUCUUGUCGACGGUCCCCUGCUUGGCGUACCACAGCGAGUGGGACUGCCUGUCAGGCUUCCACGGGGAUGACUUCUACACCGAGGGCGAGCCGCACGAGCUGGACAAGGUGGACGCAAUGAUCACGGGCAGCUUCAAGGCCAAGAUCCUCCCGAGAGUUGGUCCAGCCGCUGAAGAGCAAGGCCUGGUUCUACGACGGCUUCUACUUUGGAGCGCGAAGGGGUUCAUGCUGCUGCCUGACCCGAAGCACUUCGAGAACUUGAGCACGUUGCUGGACCUGAAGAACGUGAAGCCUUCCCCGACGCCUGUCAGCCGAGCGACUGGCAAGAACGCGAGGGAUGCUCUGGAGGAGCUGAAGCGGGCCGAGAAGGCGAUCUACUGCAGGGGCACGGGCAUCUGCAUGUACAUCGGCCCAGACCGCUUCGACAUCCAGUUCGCCACCAAGCAGCUGGCGUCGGAUAUGGCACAUCCGACGCGCCUGAGUAUGAUGCGACUCAGGAGGUUGGCACGCUACCUCGCGGGGACGCAUGACGUCGGGAUCGAGUUCCUCUACCAGGAGAAGUGGACGGACGUGGUGGUCUACUCCGACGGCGACUGGAGCGGCGACGUACAGACAUGCAAGAGCACGUCGGCGGGGACCAUCCAGGUCGGAGAUCCUGGCGCUGGUCAUCUCAUCGAGAGCUGGAGCAUCACGCAGGGCGCUGUUGCACUCAGCAGCGCAGAGUCGGAGUUCUACGCCAUCGGCUCAGCGGCAGCGCGCGGCAUCACGGUCAAGCAGGUGAUGCUCGAGAUCGCUGAGCUUGGAGCUGGUGUUCCAGCAGACGUGAGGCUGAUCAUUCGCACGGACUCAGACGCGGCCCGUGGGAUGAUCCACAGAGUGGGCUGCGGGCGUGUACGGCAUCUACAGACCAGGUACCUUUGGCACCAGCAGGCGCUGAGGGAAAAGCAGUUCGAGGUUGAGAGAGUGGACGGCAAGAAGAACCCGAGUGAUGCAGGCACGAAGCCGCUGGAGCAGGAGGCGCUGCAGACCUGCAUGAGGAACCUCGGGAUCGUGAGCAGGAAGAUCGCUGGCUUCGGGACGGACGAGGCCAGCCAGGUCUUGGCGACGCUGCUGCUGUUUGCAGCGGCGCAGACCGCCGACGGGACGGUCGUGGAGCCCACCUGCUCGGCAGGCGGGAGCGAGUCACAGGGCGGUGGCAUGCAGCUCACCGCGUUCAUGAUGGUCAUCCUGACCCUCAUUGGGAUUGUGACGGGCGUGCUCAUCGAGAGGCACGUGCUGAAGGAGCGCCGUGAGGAGCGCCGUGAGGUGACCGUAUGCCUUCGAGACACAGGCGUGCAGGUGGAGCCAGCACCCAAGCGCUGCGAGGACAAGGGCAGUCAGGGUGUGUUCGUCACGGUCGUCACGGGCCUCGCGCUGUGGAGGGGGGUCUCGAAGGGCCUCGCCUACUACGAUCAGCACGAUGACUACAUGCUCAGAUGGAUCAUGUUGGCUCAUAUUCAGGGAUAUCGUCUCGUGGGGCUCGACGCACCUGGGAACAUGCGGCACGGCUGGCAGGUCCAGGGGGCCGACACGGCGGCCUGGCUGCAUGAGAAGAUCUCGGGGGCCGGGUACCUGGGGCUGCAGAGGCAGUGUCGGCGGAGGACUGCGCAAGGCCACCAGGCUUCCGACGCCGGCGUGGUCGACCAUCACUUCAUCUCAGGUUGUAUGCAGGAGCUCACGACGCACGACCAGCCCCACGCGGGCGAGGGAGUGGUGGCCGCGAUCCAGUGCCGCCGAGACCAGCUCCUCGAGGUGCUCUAUGCAGCGGGCUUGCGCAAGGACGAGGCCGACCAGGACGCCAAGGCGUGGCUCGACGAGCGGUCCAACCUCGGGGGGCAUUACAGGCCCAGGCACGCGGCCGUGGCCGCGUGCGACGGGCUUGAGUCGCCACCUCGCAUCGGGGAGGACCCCGGCCUUGGCUGGGGCCCAGGGCAGGCGGCCUGCCCAGACCUCUCGUGCCCUGCCUGCCCAGCGUGCCCAGAGGCGGCGGCGUGCGCGGCCUGCCCGGAGGCCGCGGCCUGCCCGGCUUGCGAGCCGCCUCACUGCGCGGCUUGCCCGGCCUGCGAGCCGCCGCCGUGCGCGGCCUGCCCGGCCUGCGAGGCGAGGGCGUGCCCGGAGGCGUCGGCUGGCGAGAAGGCGGCUGAGAAGCUCGCUGGAGCGCUGCUUGGAGGCCUGGUGCACUGGCUGGUGGCGAAGCACGUGGUCUGCCGCUUCGCCGACGACGACGUCGACCACGAGCGGGUGCUGCUGCACUACGCGGCGGAGGGCGAGUGGGUCGUCCUGACCCCAGAUGGUGACAUCUACGCUGAGGACAUGAGCUGUGGGGACCCCGAGACUGGGCCUGCCCGAGCCUUCCCGCUGGCACUGCGGACGCGCAAGAUGCGGAGGCUGUAUCGUUUCCGUGAGGAGCUGGGGCCCGACGAGCUGGCCGACGCGUUGACGCGGGGCCGUCAGGCGGCGCUGGAGAUGGACGCUGCCUUGCCUGAGCCGAGGGAGGCCGUGGCCGUGGGCGGCCAGCGGGUCACCUGGCAGGAGGCUGCUGGUAAGCUGUCGGCCGCGGAGCGGGCCGGCCUGCUGCGCCUGGGCAUGGCCGUGGCUCGCCUGGGCGGGAAGCUGCUGGAGGCUCCUGGUGCGGGUCAGGCCUGGAUCGCCCUCAGCGGCGGGCCCGGCGUUGCGAUCGGAACGGAGGUCGACGUGGCGAAUAUCGAGGGCCUGAGCUUCGAGGACGGGCCCGAGCCGUUCGGUGUGCUGAGGGCCGCCGACGGCGGCAUAGUGCGUCUCGCCCGGCUGGGCGCAGGGUCGGCCCCUGGGCGCGUGGCCGAGGAGGCCGCAGUCUGGCAUGGCCUGGACAGAGGCCAAGCGCGUGCCCUGGGCCCCGAGCGCCGACGUGCUGCAGCCGCGGCGCCGCUCGAGGAUGAGGGGCCCGCCGAGCCCAUGGGCGGCGCGGCUACGCCCGAGCUGGCGCUGCCGCCCUUGGCGGAGCCGCUGGGCGAGGAGCGUGACGCCGACGCCCGCGCGCUCUGGGUCGACUACGACGAGCAGGGCGAGCGGUUCAAGCGAUGGCGGGACGUGGUAGGCGAGUCGAGGCAGGAGCGCUACCCAGACGCGAAGGUGGACGGACCGCCUGGGGCUCUCCGCAUGUGCAAGCACAUGGAAAGGCACGGUGGCGACCCGCGCCUCUGGCUCGACCUCUUCAUUCGCAUGAAGGGCCUCGGGCAGAAUGACCGCGUGGUGCACGAGCUGAGGACCAUCGUGGAGGCCUUGUACCAGGGCGGGGUAUAUGACCAGUUGAACAUGGGCGGCCUGAUGAUGGUGGAGGUGUUGACACGCCGCGUGGCCGCAGUGGUGGAUGCCUACGCGGACCCGUCCAAGCCGAGCUGGACGAACGCACGCUUCUUCGAGGGCGUGAGCUCGGUGGAGGACGUCUCAGGGCCAGAGCUCAGGGGCUGCGUCCACCGGCGGGCGAAGGAGCAGCACGAGAUGGAGCAGGCGCAGAAUCGGGCGCGUACGCUACGCGGAGCGCCUUCAGAGACAGUCGACGGAGCAGAGGGAGCUGGAGGUGACGCAGCAGGAGCCCGCAGCUUUCUGCCGCUCCCGCUGCUGGGCGACGCAGGCCGCCGAAUUCGCGGCAGGUCUAGCAGGGCGAGGCAGUUCGGUCGUGAGUCUCGGAUUGCGUUGGAGGUCAACGGGAUCGUCGACGCCAUCAACUGGAUGUCGGGGUACGACUCGCAACCUGGCCCAGCCAAUGGCAUGCAGCGGGAUGUACUUGCGCGCUUCGAGGGCCUCGUUCGGGGCCGGCAGCCGGACGCCAAGUUGCAGGAGCCGCAGGCGGCCCUCCGGGAGCUGCUGCGGGGCCGCUCGCCAUAUGACGGGCGCGGCGGCCCGACGACGGUCGCCUCCUACAGUGCAGGGCUCGUCAGCAUGCCGACGGACGUGAGCGACUGCCCGCGUCUUGAGGACCUCUUGCCUGGCGAGGCCCUUACCUUCCUGCGGGAGCGCCAAGAGCGCAUGCUACGAGAGUCACCUUUGCCGACCGACGUCGAGCCGUACUUCGACUCGGUCCUCAAGUUCAACCACAAGGAGUACCGCGGCCUGGUGCGUCGGCUGCUGUCAGCUGGCAUUCUGGGGUGGACUCUGACACCGAAAGAGAGAAUUGGGAUGUUCUUUGUGUGGAAGGAUGGGCGGCGCCGACUUCGCCUCAUAGUCGACGCCCGCCGUGCGAACGCCCACUUCAGGGAUCCUCCUGGGGUGGAGCUAUUGAGCAGCGAGGGCCUCGCCAGAAUCGAGGUGCACAUGCCAGACGCGGGCUUCUCGAGUUACGAGGACCUCCGCGCCGCGCUGGAGGCGCAGCAGGUGUACAUCGGCAUGGCGGACGUGAAGGACUGCUUUCAUCGAAUGCGGAUCGAUUCAGCCCUCUCGCAAUACUUCUGCCUGCCGCCUGUCAAGGCUGGGGCUUUCGGCGUGACCGAGGUCGAGGGGACCAAGGUGCAGACGUCGACGGCCAUCUACCCUUGCUGGCAGGUCCUGCCCAUGGGCUUCAGCUGGUCUCUCUACUUCGCCCAGCGGGCCAACGAGGAGGUAAGCCGCCGCAGCAGCGCGCUCCUCAGGGGGCCCAGUCUGUCAGACCAUGUGCCACCGCUCGUGUUCGCGCCUGGCAGGGCGCCCCAGGAGGUCAGGCACUGCGUGUGCGUCGACAACUUGGGGGUCUUCUCGUUAUUCUCUGAGCUCGUGAGCGGCGUGAUGAACCAGCUGACGGGCGAGUUCACCGAGCUGAACCUACUGUUGCACAAGGACGAGCUGGUGCUGGGCAUGGCAGUGGCGCUUGGCACGGAGAUCGACGGCAGCCAGUUGCGCACUCGAGUGACCAGUGAUCGGUUCUGGCGCUGCCGCCAGGCCGUGCGGGGCCUCCUAGCCCGCCGCCGGGUCAAGGGCUGGGCCGUGGAGGCAGUGCUGGGCCACCUAACCUUUUGUGGCCUCUGCUCGCGCGGCACCUUGUCAGCUUUCAAUUCAGUGCGCGGCUUUGUGCGAGCCCACUAUGACGAGGCGGCCGUGCUAUGGACCGAGGCGCGGCGAGAGCUGGCCGCCUUCAGCUCCCUGAUGUACUUCCUGGAGUCAGAUUGGUGGCUGCCUUGGAAUCCGAUGGUGCAGCAGUCAGAUGCCAGUCUUCACGGCUACGGACUGGCAAGGGCUUUCUGGCCGCAGGAGCUGGUGGAGUCAGUCGGGCGCGUGCCUGAGCGGGCCCGCUUUCGCCGGCGCUGCGCGCGCAGUGCUCGAGAGGCUGCGCUCUGUGCAGCUGGCUUCGGUAUGAGUGAGAGUGGAAAAUGGGAACUCAAGGGCCUUCCCGAAGAUGAGGAGGAGCUGGGCCAGUGGGACGUUGCGAGGGACUUCCCGGAGGUGCCCGCCCAGGGGCUCCGCGCAGGCCUGUGGGAGCCCUGUUUCGCGAGAGCCUGGCAGCACCCUGAGGGCAUCUUGACCUUGGAGGCCCGAGCCCUGGUCAGCAGCAUCCAUCGUAUCGCCACCACGGUCUUUGGGCGAGGCGCGAGGCUCGAGACGGGCCGCCGGCGCACGCGGCAGCUGGCGCCGUCUCGCCCGGAGCCUGGCCUGCAGCCGUCAGCCCGCGGCCAGGAGGCGAGGCGCGCGCGGCAGCUUGUCCCUGCGCCGCCGAUAGCGCCGCAGCCGCUGCCGGCAGCUCGGCGGGAGCGUCAGCUGGGCGAGUCGGGGCUCCUGAAGACGGCUGUGCUGAGCCGUCCCCUGCCGCGGAGCCCGGGGCGAGUGGUGGAGGACCUGACAAAGGUGCCUGUGCCAGCGGAGCCCGCGCGGGGAGCGCGAGAGAGCGUCGGCUCCUCCGACAGCGGGAGCUCCGAGCCCGAGGUCGUGACCGGCGCCGCGCGGCAGCGCAGGCUCGCGCAGUCGCGGAAGCGCCGAGCCCGCCACUACGGGAUGCCCACCGGCGAGGAGGGCUUCCCUCUCCUGGAGCGGGAGGCCGUGCGAACCCCGACGCAGCGCGAGUACCAGAGGGCCUGGGACGGAUGGCGGGACUUUGCCCGUCGAAGCUGGCCCUCGGUGGACAUCGACGAGGUCAUGAAGAGCAGGGACGACUCCGUGGUAGACUCGGCGUUGGUGAGCUACCUGAACGGCUUGUACCAGGCUGGGACUCACCUCUCCUGGGCCGAGAAGUUGAUGGCUGGCGUCCUGCACUUCAACCCCGACUUCUCGCGCUACGGUGCCCGGCGCCUCCCCCGGGGCUGGAGAUGCCUCCGGGCCUGGCGGCGCCUGGAGCCGCCGCGGACGAGGAAGCCGUGGGCGCUGGCGCUGUGGUGCGCAAUGGCGUGGCGCAUGAAGGCCCGUGGCAGCCUCCAGAUGGCGGUGUUCACUCUGAUAGCGGUGAGCGUGCACGCCCGCCCCAGCAGCCUUUUGCUUCUGAAGCCGGCCUGCCUGGUGCCGCCAGCGGCGGGGGUGUGCGAGUUCUGGACCUUGAGGCUCUUCCCGGAGGAGGAGGACCUGCGGGACAAGACGGGCCUGGGGGACGUGUCGCUAGAGUUAGACUCGCCCUGGAUUCGCUUCUUGGACCCCGUGCUGCGUCAGAUGAAGAAGGAGGGGCACCCCGAGUGCCUGUGGAACUUCACGUACCCAGAGUACUGCAAGAUGUUCAGCCUAUGCCUCCAGGACCUGCAGGUAAAGGCCAAGCAAAACGUGUUCCUGGUCUGCGAGGCUCAGCUCGCGGACAUCAUUUUGGGUCGCGCCUCGCCGGUCGACUUGCGGGAGCUCGACCACGCCUGA